GACUGCUUUCAUAUUUGACUCCCGCAUUGCAGCAUGAUUCCCAACUGCUGUGCACCUUCUUUCAUGCCAGAUGGGAGACAAAACCGGAGAAGGCACUGUGACACUGAGGGUUUCAAAGGCCCAGGCACAGCUUUCAAUGCUUCCUGCCCAAGGAGAAGUGGCACGCUGGAUUGCUUGGCCCGCUGGCAUGCUGGCCCGCUGGCAAACGGAGAACAUGCUCCUGGUUCAAGGCUUUCUUCUUUUUCUGGACCUCAACAAGCCGUUCAAAGUGACGUACUCGUUGAGUGUGUCAUCCAUCACUUCUGUAGACCUUGCAGACGAAAAUGAGGUGGCGGCGCCGUGCCUUUCGAUUCAGAUCAUUGUGGGCGGACGACAAGAGGCAGUGCAUUUGCACUUGGCUGAUGGGCCAAUGGCCACAUCUUGGCUAAGACGACUUGAGGUGGCGAUGGAAGUGACAAAGUUCACCCAGACCUACUUACCCUUGAGCAUGCUGUCAAAAACCUUGGAGGCAUGGCAGCUGUGCAAUGCUUCGAGCUGUGCCAUGGCAGACAGCCAGAGGCAGCAAGACUGGAGUGACCUGUGUUCCUAUGUGCGGACUUGUGCAGUGCAAGCUUGGUUGAUGAGAAGGGUGUCCUGCCGCCUGAAUGGAUUCCUUCAUCGCAUUUGUCGUUUGAGUGACCGAAGAGGAGCCUCCGUCGUGCUGGCCUCUUUGGGUGCACUACACCUUGCUCGCAUGCGGCUCUGGCAGCGUCGUGUUUUGCAGGCAUUUCGAGCAUUGCAGCGCAAGGAGAAAGGCCUGUCAGCCUUACAGCUCUGUCGCUGGGAACGAGAUUUCAUGAAGUCCCUACUCCAUUGCUGGUUCCGAGCAGUGGAACACAAUCCAGUGCAAGGCGAGGAUGCUGUGCGCAGAUCGCGGCAUUUGUCUUGGGAGAUUCCAUUGGCUGCUGCCGCUUUCCACGCCUGGUUUCGGGCUUCUGCGGCAGCUGUUUUGGAUCGCAAACAGGCUGACCUGGAUGUUCAGCUUGAGAAGAAUGUAGCACUUUUGGAGGAUUGUCAAGAAGUCCCAGUGGAGAUGGCACUUCGAAGAAUGAUCCGAGCAGUUUUGAGAGCCCAAAGCCGGCUUCAGGUGCAUGCGUACUUGGCGCUGCGCGGAUUGAAAAGAAGACAGAAUGACAAUUAUUUUGACAAGCGAGUCUUUGGGGACUUUGGGGUUCACUCAAUUGAGAACGGUCAAGGCGCUAUCGUGAACCCUGAGGCGUUCCUUUUCACUGCAGUCCACGCUGAUUUUGACGCACUUUUGGUAGACGAUUGCAUUGAUGAGGCUCAUGCAUCUGAGCUUGAGCUGGUGAAAGAAUGCCAAGUGGAACUCCGCCAAUUGAGAGGUGUUCGAAGUGCGAAGGAACUACCUGACAAGCAAGAGCCAGAGACUGCUGUACCUGAAAAUGAGGCAACACCAGCUGCGGCUACACCGGAGUCUCCGGCUACACAGACUGAAACUGCGCCUGUUGUUGAGGCCAAGGCAACUUGCACCUCCUUGGAGAACCAUGGUUCGUUUUCCUCUGCGAAGGUGGGCAUCGGCACCCCGCCUCAAUACUUCGAGCUUGUCGCAGACACAGGCAGCGACAACGUGAUUGUGCAGUCGUGCAUUUGUAAGGAGCAGCGAUUCUGCCCACAAGAGUAUGGGAAAUGCUUCAGAGGCACGGGGAGAUCAUCAACCUUUCAUAUCGAGAUGGCCCACAACGAGGCCGGUGAGGAAGGCCUGAAGGGAUUUGUGAUGUCUUUUGGCAGCGGCGACAUCCUUGUGGUGAAGAGCUCCGACAAGGUCGAGGUUGGUGAUGCCAACGCCUUUAUGAACCAAAGCCUGCUGUUGAUGGUGAAGCAGGACCUGAAGAUCCGUGGUCAGUUUGAGGGGAUCCUGGGCCUUGGAAGGCCUCAUCGCGGUGACAAUGCUUCGAAGAUGGUUCCAGGCUUCAUGAAAUUGGCAGGCAUUGAGCGAUUUUCAAUGUGCUUCAACGAUGAAGGUCCAGGCGUCCUGGGUCUCAACGAGCCCCGCAUUAAGGAAUCUCUGCAGUCUGUGGGUACGGUACACUGGGGCCUCGACUUCAGAGGAAUUGCAGUCGGAGAGAAUGCAGAGCCACUUAGCUUUUGCCAGGAGAAGAAACCUGACAUGGACACUGCUUGCGGACUGAUCCCUGAUUCAGGAACCACUUUGAUCACUGGUCCUCAACAGGAUAUCGAGAAGCUGUACGAGGGCAUUUGUCUCCAGUGGCCCAGGUGCAAAGACAUGCACAAGGCGCUGCAAGCACAGCUGCAGAGCGCAAGGAGCAAAGGAGCGCAGCGCAAUGUUAUUGUUGGGCGCAUGAGAGCGAUGUUGCAGGCUGGAUCGGCUGAUAUCAUCCAUGUCUAUCAUGACGAUGAACCAGAGUACUACGACGAUUACGAUCUAGGCGGAGGUCCAGACAACAGUGAUGAAGAGUAUGAGAUUGCUCCCGAGUAUGAUGAGGCUCUUGAGGCUGCUCCAGAGUAUGACGAAAAUUUCGAGGCUGCUCCCGACUACUAUGAAGACCUUGAGGCUGCUCCCUAUGACGGCUCUGGUCCAUAUGAUGUAGGAGGUCCCGGCCCACCAGACUACCAGAAAGGAAUUGUGGUUAGUGGCGCCUACGAUGGGCCUGGUCCAGCAUACUUACCAGGUCCUCAAGGACCUGGUGGCCCUGAACCCAUGUACCCCAAGCCUGACGAGUAUUCGGGACCUGGACCACAGGCUCCUGAACCGGAAGAAUAUGCACCGGAAGGACCUGAAACAGAGGGCCCUGGUCCAGGAUACGAAGCGCCUGAAAACGAAGAGCCAGAGCCGGCAGAUGAUGUGGGACCUGGUCCUUCCUAUGGUGGUGAUUUGAGAGUAGGCUACGAUAAAACUCUGGACAUUGGCCCAGACGAGGUUGAAGUAGAGGAGGUUGAAGGCGAGGCUGAGCCGAUGGAGCCCACGGAGCCCAUGGAGCCUGAAAGCGAAGCUCCUGAAGAAGCUGGUGCUACGGUGGAGAUUCCUGACGCUGGUGGAGUGCCAGACAGUCAAAUCCCCACUGAUUCUGAGGAGCCAGAGUCAUCCGCGGCUCAGCCAGGUUUGCCAGAAGAAAUUUCCCUGGCUUCAACCUUUGUGCUGCUGAUGAAGCAUUGCUACACUUGGCUAGGCAACUCCACGGACCUCAACACCGAGAUGCCAGACUUGAGCUUUAAAGUCGCUGGCAUGGCUGGAGGGAAAGAAACACUCAAGCUGGACCCCAACUCGUACACCUUCCUUACAACCGUUCCAAUUAUCCACAAGGAGGUGGAGUACUUCCUGGGAUACUUGCCAGUGGAGGUUAUCACUGUGAGGAAUGAGCAGGUGUGUUUGCCUGCUUUCAGCAGCAUGAACUAUACCACCCCGAAGAAUGGUCCAGUGUGGAUCAUGGGAACUCCCCUUUUCUACUCCUACAAAGUUCAGUAUGAUCGAGAACCAGAGCCCCCAACCAUGAGCUUUGGGAAAGGCUGUGGCACAUGUCACGAUGGCAAAGAGACGCCGCCAUCCACAAGGAGUGCUGAGCUUAUCCAACAAACAACUGGCGUUGGGCGACUCCGAACGUUGAAGACGCCACCAGUGGCACGGAAGAUCGAUCCCAAGAUGCCCCUUUGA